AUGGCUGAUGAUGAGCGCCGCGCAAAGCGAUCUCGUUUUGACCAAACCGAGCCUGAGCCCCGUCGAUCUCGGUUCGACCGCCGUUCACGAUCACCCACCUCUCGUCACUCUGAUUCGACUCGUCAGCGUAGUCCUUUGAGCAGAGAGCCUCGCAGUCCAGGCGCUGACGCUUCUGCAAGAUCAUCCGCCGCACCGGAUCCUACGGCAGCAGCAGCUGCUGCCGCUGCUAAAAUUAAUGCGCAGUUACAGGCCAAGAAGGGAAUUCAACAUGUGGACGUGCCUCCUAUCCGCUCGUCUGGCAGCCCCGCCGCGAAAACAGGCGCCUCCGCCGAUGGUGCUACAAAGCUUGACAACGACGUCUACAUUGCCGACGGAGACUAUAUCAAAGAUAUCGAUGUGAACAGCCUGCGUAACCGCUAUGCUCUCACCAGAGGCUCCACGCAGAGAAUGAUUAAAGAAGAAACUGGCGCUGAUGUCACAACCCGUGGUAGUUACUAUCCGGAUAGGUCUAUGGCCACUCCUUCGAAUCCUCCCCUUUACCUCCAUGUUACCAGCACCACCCGAGAGGGCCUCGAUAAAGCCGUUGCAAAGAUUGAGGAACUUAUGAAACAAGAACUGCCCAAUCUGGUGGACGAACGUCGAUUCCGUCGUCGGGAACAACCUGAAGUGGAACGUGAUGAAUUUGGACGGAGGAAAUGGCCUGAGGAACGAAUUCCCAUCGACCUUGAACCGAUCCAAGGUUUCAACUUGCGAGCCCAGGUUGUCGGUCAGGGUGGAGCAUACGUGAAGCAUAUUCAACAAAAGACUGGCUGCAAAGUCCAGAUCAAAGGACGCGGCUCCGGGUUCCGAGAACAUGGCACGGAUCGAGAGAGCGAUGAGCCCAUGUAUUUACAUGUUGCCGGCCCUGAUCCCAACCAGGUGCAGGUUGCUAAAGAGCUUUGCGAGGAUCUGCUGUCAAAUGUCCGUGAACAGUAUCAAAAAUUCAAGGAGAAUCCUCCUCAACACGGAUAUGGCGGUUAUGGUCAACGCGGUGAUCGUCACUAUGGUGGAGGACAUGGCGGGGGCUAUGGUGGUGGUUACGGCGGCGGUUAUCAACAGCAUAACCAACAGCAACAACAGCAACAAUCCCCGCCUGCUGGUGCAUCAAUGAGCCCUACAGGCCCAACCACGUCAGCAGAGAGCACUCCCGGAGCCGCCAACGCUACGGAUUACGCCGCUCAAUAUUCUCAGUAUUAUAAUGGCCAAGACCCAUAUGCAGCUUACGGAGGCUACCAGAACUAUGUUGCUUAUUAUCAGUACUAUCAACAAUGGGCCCAGCAACAAGGAGGUGCUCCAGGAGCCCCUGGUGCAGACGCCAGCAGUGCAGCACCUCCUCCACCUCCACCUUCUAGUGACGCACCACCACCACCGCCUCCUGGAGCUGGUUCGGGUUCACCUCCACCACCGCCUCCUCCUGGUGGCGGAAGCUACAAUGCUGUCCCACCCCCUCCAGGCUUGUAA